CAUCUGCGAAAUGGGGGAAUGACAUGUUGCUCCCUCCCAGGGCUGGGUGGGGAGGCCUCAGCCGAGUGUUCUCUGCUGUUUCUCCUGCUGCCCCCGCCCUGCUGGGCCCGGGACCCCCCAGAAGUCCCGGUUUCCGGAGCGGGUGCCCGAGGAGAGCCAGGCCCCGGGGCCCUCUUGGGCUGGCGCCUCGUUCUUGCCCGGCCCAGCCCCCCAAGCCUCUUCUCUUCCCCUGCAGCCAAGAAGACCUGCUCGGACAGCGACUUCACCUGCAACAACGGGCACUGCAUCCCCGAGCGCUGGAAGUGCGACGGCGAGGAGGAGUGCUCCGACGGCUCCGACGAGUCCGAGGCCACGUGCACCAAGCAGGUUUGCCCGGCCGAGAAGCUGAGCUGCGGCCCCUUGAGCCACAAGUGCAUCCCCUCGUCCUGGCGCUGCGACGGAGAGAAGGACUGCGAGACGGGGGCUGACGAGGCCGGCUGCACCACAGUCUGCCCCCCCAGUGAGUUCCAGUGCAGUAACCGCACGUGCAUCGCCACGGUCUUCGUGUGCGACGGUGACGACGACUGCGGCGAUGGCAGUGACGAGCGCGGCUGCCCCGCCCAGGCCUGCGGCCCCCAGGAGUUCCGCUGCAACAGCAGCGCCUGCAUCCCCGAGCGCUGGCUCUGCGACGGCCAGGCCGACUGCGAGGACCGCUCGGACGAGGCGCCGGAGCGCUGCGGGCGCCAGGCGGGCACGGCGGCCCCGGCCACCUGCGGGGCCGGCGAGUACCCCUGCGGCAGCGGCGAGUGCAUCCACCUGACCUGGAAGUGUGACGGGGACGCCGACUGCAAGGACAAGUCGGACGAGGCCAGCUGUGCUGUGGUGUCCUGCCGUCCUGAGGAGUUCCAGUGUGCAGACGGGACCUGCACCGUGGGGGCCAAGCGCUGCAACCUGGAGCGCGACUGCCCGGACGGCAGCGACGAGGCUGGCUGCCUGCAGGAAUCCACGUGCGAAAGUCCCAGCAAGUUUCAUUGUAAGAGUGGCGAGUGCGUGGACAGCAGCAAAGUGUGUGAUGGUCGCGGAGACUGCCGUGACGGGUCUGAUGAGCCAGUGAAAGAAUGUGUUACGGCAGCAGCCCGGGGAAGGAAGCGGCGGCCCAGGGAGGCUAAUGAGUGCGCCCACAACAACGGGGGCUGCUCCCACAUCUGCAAGGACCUGAAGAUCGGCUAUUCCUGCGAGUGCCCGCCCGGCUAUGAGCUGCUGGACAAGAAGACGUGCGGAGGUGAGGGUGAUGAGCUUCUCCCCCCGGCGCCCCCCGCCAGACCCCAGUCCCCAGGGAGCUUCUCCCAAAAGUCGCGUCUCUGUGUCCCCGUGGCCGUACGGAGCCUCGCUGAGCGUGAGCCCGCUGGGACCUUGGCAUCGGGGGAGGGGGUCGCAGCUCCCUAUGCCCAGGUUGCAGAGCCCCGGACCAUGGGUGGCCAGAGCGGGGCCCCAGCCCCUGUGCCUCAGAACCAGGAAUCACAGGUCUGGCCUUCAGGCCGUCGGCGAACGGCCACACCCAAGUGCACACGCACACACACAGACCCGGUCUCUUCCCACGAGGCCCAGGCUCCCGCACUGGGGCCCCCAGUGACCAAACGGCAACACUCGAACUCAGACCCAAGAUGGGACUCGGGCCCGCUGGCCCGUGCGUGUCCUCCCCUCCCCACCCCCACCCGGGCCCAGCAGUGGUGGAUCUGCAGCCCAAAGGCCCAAGUUCGAAUCCCAGCCCUGCAGCCUCAGGGCCCCGAUGGAGGAGCCUGUGGAGUGGGAGCUUUAGGUCCUGCUGCAGCACUGUUGGGGGAAACACGGAGGGUCCCCCACAGGGCCCGUGGGAGUCAGCGAGUGAGCCAGGGCCACCCAGCUGCCGCCACCCCAGCCCGACUUGUGACCCCCCCCCGGGACCUGGGACCCCCAAACCCGGUCAUUGAACAGACGUCUCUCCAUGCUUCCCCCAGCGCCUUCAUCGACAAGGCCAGUGAUCGGACGGAGCAGGUGGUGCUCAUCGACAGCCAGCUGCACUCCCCCGAGGGCCUGGCGGUGGACUGGGUCCAUAAGCAUCUCUACUGGACGGACUCCGGCAACAAGACCAUCUCCGUGGCCACUGUGGAUGGCGGCCGCAGAAAAACUCUCUUCAGCCACGAUCUGAGCGAGCCUCGAGCCAUUGCCGUGGACCCGCUCCACGGGUUCAUGUACUGGUCUGACUGGGGUGACCAGGCAAAGAUCGAAAAGUCAGGCCUGAAUGGCGUGGACCGGCAGGUGCUGGUCGUGGACAACAUCGAGUGGCCCAAUGGUAUCACUCUGGAUUUGCUAAGCCAGCGGCUCUACUGGGUGGACUCCAAACUGCAUCAGCUCUCCAGCAUCGACUUCAAUGGGGGCAACCGCAAGGUCCUCAUCUUCUCUGUGGACACGCUGAGCCACCCCUUUGGGAUUGCAGUGUUUGAGGACAGGGUGUUCUGGACGGACCUGGAGAACGAAGCCAUCUUCAGCGCCAACCGACUGAACGGCCUCGAAAUCUCCGUCCUGGCCGAGAACCUCAACAAUCCUCACGACAUCGUCAUCUUCCACGAACUGAAGCAGCCGAAAGCUCCCGACGCCUGUGAGCAGAGCUUCCAGCCCAACGGCGGCUGUGAAUACCUGUGCCUUCCUGCCCCCCAGAUCUCCAUCCACUCCCCCAAGUACACCUGUGCCUGCCCCGACUCCAUGUGGCUGGGCCCGGAUAUGAAGAGGUGCUAUCGAGCCCCUCCAUCUACCUCAACAACGACAUCGCCCUCCACCGCCACGAGGACCCCAGGCACAAGUCUCGGCCCUGGCCCCGUCUCCCUGCCAGGCCACACGAGGAAUCAGAGCUCCGGAGACGCCUCGCUGAGCGUGGGGACGGCCCCCAGUGAGCCCACCAUUAGUGCAUCUUCACCGGGGGUUCCCACGCCAGGAAACAGCAACCACUCACAGCAUUAUGGGACCAUGGGGGGCAAGCUGGUCUCCACGGCCACGGCCGCCGUCAUCGGCAUCAUCGUUCCUGUGGGGGUCAUCGCCUUGCUGGGCAUGAGCGGCUACCUGAUCUGGAGGAACUGGAAGAGGAAGAACACAAAAAGUAUGAACUUUGACAACCCCGUGUACAGGAAGACGACAGAGGAGGAAGAUGAAGAUGAGAUCCACAUCGGGAGGACGGCGCAGAUCGGGCACGUCUACCCCGCUCGGGUGGCCUUGAGCCUUGAAGAUGAUGGGUUGCCAUGAUGACCAGCACCCCUCCGUGCCCGAUGGGAUCGAACACAUGCACUGGACUCUUUCUGGACGCUGGAUGGACGGGCGGACGGAUGCGUUUCUUCGCCUGGGGUUUCGCGCGCACGUGUGUGUGAGUGAGAGAGUGAGGACGUGUGUCUGUGCGUGUUUGGGAUUCUUUUUUAAGAUUUAUGUUGCGGGAAGGUAACCACAAAGUUAUAAUGAACUGCAGACAUCCAAAGGAUGUGAGAGUUUUGUAUGUAUAAUGUUUUAUACGCGUCUUACCUGGCUGCACUACCCAUAAGGAAGAGCAGAGCAGCCCCUGCUGAGCAACUAACGUGAUGGAUGAAACCAGACCCGGCCCGGCAGGACAGGACCUGGCUCACCGUUUUAAAAUUAUAUUUAUAGAGGGUGUUUAGGGGGGUUUUGUAAAUAAAAUGAAGACGCUUUGUGGCUAUCCAUCAACAUAAGUUAAAAAAAACAACCAACAAAACAAGCCCCUUCAUGUCCUCCCUGCUCCCCAACACCCCGUCUAGAAUAUUUAUUAACAUAUUUCACAGAAAAGAGCUGUAAAUAAUUUAGAGAGGUGAGAGUAUUUAUUUUGGGGUAUGUGUGGCUUGCUGUGUAGAGACUGUGGGGGGGGGGUCAGAAGAAGUGGACCUUUAUGGAUGUUGAACGCUGAAAUGCAGUCUCGUUUCAAAGCCCCAAGGCUACUCAAUGAGGAGGGUCUGGGAUGGAUUCAGAGGUGGUUUUGGAAAGGAGGCUGAAGCCCCGAGUGACUCGAAUGCUGGAGAGGAGAGCAGGAGGGUCCCCUUGGCUUCCGCUCCUUCUCCAGGAGGCAGAGUGGGCCGGCGCCCGAUCACAGCUGACAAGAUGGCGCCAUGGAGAACCUUCCUGGGAGGGGAAUCUCUUCCUAAGGCCAGUGUGCUCAUUGGGUGCCAUGCCAGAAAUAUGGGACAGAACCUGAAGGGGGCUUGGUUUGUGCAUCUGGAAAACAAGUCUUUGGUUAAAGGUGAUUAGAUGGUUUCCUAGGUCUUUCUUAGUCUUGAUGUUCUAAAGCCUCCUCCCAGCCCUGACCUCCCCUGUUCUAAGUCCCCUCCCAGUUCUGACAUCCCCUGUUUUAAGCUCCUUCCCAGCUCUGACAUCCCUUGUUCUGGGUCCCUCCCAGUUCUGACAUCCCUUGUUCUAAGCUUCAUCCCAGCUCUGGCACCCCCUGUUCUAAGGCCUGUGCCAGCUUUGACAUCCAUUCUAGGUUCCCUUCCAGCUCUGACAUCUCCUAUUCUAGGUUCCUUCCCCUCUCUGACAUCCCCUGUUCUAAGGCCUCUUCUAGCCCUGACAUUUCCUGUCCUAAGGCCCUCAGCUCUGACAUUCUGUGCUCUGAAUUGUUUUCUAUCCCGAAGGCCCUUGCGUCCUUGCCAUUUUACGUUUUGACAGUCUAUGUUCUGAGGCGCUGUUCCACCCUCCCCCUCUCUGAGUCUGUGAUUCGGCUCCUCAGCUGGCAGGGUCAGUGCUCUUGUCUGUCCCCGUUAUCAUCAUCCAGGCCCCUUGUGCAGCUGAUCACAGUAUUAUUUCAUAGAGGAGGAAACCUGGCGGGGAUCUGUUGAGAACCAGACUGUCAGUCAAUGCACUUAUUAAAUGCCAAGUGCUGUCCAGUGACUGCCAUGCAAAUACAAAGAGACAGUCCUGCCCCCAGAGGGCCUGUGGGCCUGCUCCCAGAGGGCCUGUGGUCCUGCCCCCAGAGGGCCUGUGGUCCUACCCCUAUGGUCCUGCCCCCAGAGGGCCUGUGGUCCUGCCCCUCAGAGGGUUUACUUCCCAGUCAGUCUCAGAGCUGGGACUAUGUUGGGGCACUUCCUUUAACAAGUCAAAUUUAGGUCCUUUUGCAAGUCUGGAGCAGACGUCCCAUGGCAGGGGGAGGUGUUUGUGAUUUUCCUUCUAGGAUGGCCCUCUUCCAGGUGAUUGUAUCUCUGCGGCUGUCGGACGUGCUUUUCUCCAUCAGGCACUGGGGCCCUCCCAGAAUGCAGGCUUUGUGCAGUGCCUCCUUCCUCCCUGCUCUGGUCACCUGCGGAUUGUUGGCGCCCAGGGAGGGGUCUAGCUCUGUGCUGGGAUGGGGGGGAUGCAGCUGAAGGAACCAAAGAUCCUUGGUUCUUUGGAAGGGGAGCCUGACCCUUCAGUUACUGGAGACCAGGAAUAAUCCUGGAUAUGCUCAAGACCUUGAGUUUGAAUUCCGGCUCCAGUACUUCUUGUGUGAGCCUCAGUAUCCCCUCUGAAACAGGAAGUGGGGCUAGUGAUCAGAGUCUCUUUGUAGCUCUAAUGACAACGUUAUUUGGAGCUAGGAGGAAUCUCGGAGGUCAUGGAGUUCUGCCUUUCCUUUUUGUAGAAAAGGAAAUGGACUCUGAGGAGAGGUUAAAUGACUUCCACAUAAUACCAUAGAUCUAGAACCAUUACAUAAGGAAACAAAACCACAAAAUGAAAGCCCUUAGCACAGUCUGGCACACAGUAGGUGCCUAAUAAAUGUUUGUUUCCUUCCCUUUUUCUUACUAGUCGUAUGACUGGACAAGCCAGCCCCCUCUCUGAGCCUCGGUUUCAUCCAGUAAGGCAGUGAGGACAGGCCUCCUUUCCUUCUUGGGUGAUGUUUGGCUCAGUGAGCACCUUUGCAUACCCUGAAGCACUCUAAAGUGAUCGGCCAUUAUUAUUUCCUAAAUGGGAGAACUGAGGCACAGAGGAAGUGACAAGUCUGUGGCCAUGCAGCUCACGGAGCUGAGACUCAAAUCCAAGGAUUGCACUGGUAUAGGGAAGUCCUUUGUUGUGAGAGUCCAUUACCCACUAGCCCCUUCCCUGCCCUGCCAGUGGGGGGGGAUUAAGCCCCUACUUCUAUUCUCCACUGGUCUGGACUUUUCUUGACUUUGUCCAAUGAGUUACCGUUCCUGCUCUCUCUUGUCACCCACUGACCUCAUUGACCGGCCAUGGCAGGGCUUCACGUACCUCAGAGAGGACCCUGCCAGGCCCUGGGGGUUCUAGAUUGUACUGGGCCUAGAACAGCCAGCCCAACCAUGGGCCUAGACCAUCGUCUGUGUGCCCCGUGUUUAUCAUCUUGCCCUUGGGACGGAGACCCAGAGGUUUGCAGUUGACGAGAGUAGGCCAGGUAGAGCUCCUUUCUAACACACACUACUUGAAUCUGCCCUUUAUCACCAGCAAAAUAUUCAAGGUUAAGAGAACGAGCUUCUGUCGCGGGUUUUAGAACCUUGAAUUUUACAUCUGAAGAAAGAACCUUGAUGUUCUUCUAUUCCAGCCCCUUUGUCUUGGGGGAAAGGGAGGAGCAACAUGGGAGGCAACAGUCCUCAACUUUAAAGAGCCUGGAUUUGAAUCCUGCUCUUGCUAUUGGUUUUCUGAUCUUCGAUGCCUUCUUUUCCGAACUUUGGUCCCCUUGACCGAGAACACAGUUGGGCUCCGUCCUUUGUAGCUCAGGUCUGAGAUCUUGCGUAUUCUCGAUUCUGGCCCUUCUUUGGCAUCCUCAGAGUUGCACCAACCCCCUCUGUUCCUUAAAGAGACUUGUCUGCACUGGAAAUCUGGGGCAACAUCUCACUUCCCAAGCAUGAUGCCAGCCCAGAUGGGAAAUCUGGUUGAGAUUCAAAUUUAUGGUGAUUCAGCCAAAAAAACCACCCAGAGUUGGGGCAGCUGGGUGGCCCAGUGAAUAUAGAGCACCAACCCUGAAGGCAGGAAGACCCGAGUUCAAAUCUAGCCUCAAUCACUUAACACUUCCUAGCUGUGUGACCCUGGGCAAGUCACUUAACCCCAAUUGCCUCAGCAGCAAAACAAACAAAAAACCCGAGUUUCAGUGUCCUGACUAGUCAUUAAAUGCUCUAACUACUUCUUUCUCCUCAUCCUCCAGCACACAAUGUAAGUAUCUUUUGCCCCUUUACACUCAGCCGGGGCUCAAGGAAAGAUGCCCAAAUCGUGUCCCCAAUACUGAGGAGUCUGAUCCAGAGAUAUUCAGUUCCCUGACAUUUUGUAGACACGCUGCUGGCUGCCAAAAGCCAGAGGCGUGGAGCGAGACCCUUGAAAGCAAAAGGCCCGAGUUCACAUGUCUGGUGCUGGUUGCAUGGGCGAUGCUCGAAAUGAAUUCCUCGGGCCUCAGGACUCAUCUCGACGAUGAGAGCUCGGGGUGAGGUGGCCCUGGCAGCAUCUGCUGGCCAUGUUCUCACCCCAGUGCUCUGUGUACUUCUUAGCUGGUAUUUUAUCCAGAGCCAUGUCCACCAUCCCCAACCCGCCGGGGUGUAGACAUCCUCAGGCGCUCCCCUGCUUUGCAGACAUCUCCCUGUUCAGUCGAAAGCUCUGUCUACACCAGUGGGAGCAGGGGAGGCCCGCAGCACUUUUCACAUCCAUAAAUCCAAAUUCUAAGACACAGGCAAGAACAAUAAAAGUGAGUGGACAGAGGUUAGGGGGAGGUCUCCGUGUCCCUCUGAAAUUCUGGAAUAUUGAAGAACAUGGGGGCUCCAGGUCAUCAUUGGGAGACGAACCCCAGUCAUAUUUCAUGAAGGUCAGUCAGCCCAUCAUCUUAGGGAAUAGCAAGGAGUCAGCCGGCAUAGAGUCCCAGAGUAAAUCACUCCUUUCCCCCACCAAUGCACAAAGGUAGCGUAGCUAAAGUGAGGCAUCCGUUGUCUUUUUCAACUCGGGUCCUUUGGAAGUCACAGGACCUCCAAAGAGGUGACCGUCAGACCUGUUUAGGUUUUCCAGUCCUUGGAGUAAGUCCAGGAAGCCUCUAUUCUCUAAGGCCAUUCACCAUGUGCAUGGCCCAGGAUCAGCUGGAAACCACGUUGGUACCCAUCAUUUGACAUCAAAAAAGAAAAAAAACCACCUGUAAAUAUGUUUGGAGAUGGGAAGGUUUUGAUACUUUUUUAAAAAAAUUAAGAACAGAAAACACAAAUCUGUACAGACAUCUUUUAUGAAACAAAAAAUAAAACAAAAAUAAAUGUUUGCUUUUAAUUGUUGUCAGUUUAAAUUCUGGUCCUGGUAUGAAAACAUCAUCUUGUUAAAAAAAAAAAAAACAGCAUCCUAAGUCAUAGAACAGAAAAGGCAUUUUUGUUACACUCCGAUGUUUUUCUUGUUUUAAAACAUGGUCCCGGCAUUGACCAUCCGCCGGGGCUUUGUCGGGAUGUCGUUUCCGCCUCCCUCCUUGGGUCUCCUCCAGCUCUGUUCACAUCCAUGCUCGGUGCCUUUUCUGUUUCAGUUUCUAGCUCGCGGGCUGAGGGAUUGAGGAGUGGUGGGGAAUGGCUACGUCUCUGUUGCUGGACUGACAUCAGUGUGGGGGAACUGCAAACCAAAUGAGGUCAUUUGUAAAACUGCACUCUUUCUACAAUCACAUUAAACUCAUUUUUUUUUUUUAAUCUG